AUGUCGGAUUAUACUCAAAGCCACUUGACGGAACAACUCAAAAAUUUGCUGACAAGGAGUGACAGAGAAGGAUUACAUCCUUUGACUAAAAUAGUGUCCCCUUCAGAACCAAUGGAUUUACAGCACAUACGAGAUGUUCGUGCACAACGUACAUCUAACAGCUCGUCUUCGUCAACCUCUUCCUUGCCCACAGAAGUCUUGGAUCCCGAAUCGAAUCACGCUCACUCGAACAGUACGCUGGCACUCGCGAACCCACAACCACAACAUUCUUCUUUUCGUCGGAAACAUUCAAUUCAUAAAUUCAGUCGCAGUCAAUACAGUCUAAGCUCGAUAUCAACCACUCCCUAUGGGUCUACAGUACCUAGUAUUAGUAGCUCGCCAAAGGACACUUUUGCAAGAGAACCGCCAAGAAUACAUGCAAAGUUGUAUUGCGAGGAUGUGGCCAAAAGCAACAAGACGGCAAAGGAUGUGUUGUCUCGGUUAUCGUCCGACGAGUUGCGUUCAGUAAAGACACAUACGGAGUUGGCAGAAACGGCGAAUGGAGUGAGAAUGUUGGCCAAGAAUCUUUCUAGGGCCACGAUACAGUUGGAUGUGAAGGCUUUGAUGAUUGUAACAAAGGCCAGAGAUAAUGCAUUGGUUUACUUGACGCGAGAAGUAGUUGAAUGGCUUUUGACGGAACACUCUGAAAUUACAGUUUACGUUGACUCAAAACUAGAGCAUUCGAAACGGUUUGAUAGUGAGCGCAUGAUUAAGCAAUAUCCUAAAGCUGGUAAGAAUUUGCGAUAUUGGAACAAGGACUUGACAUUGAAGUCCCCAGAGCUAUUUGAUUUGGUGGUGACCUUGGGAGGGGAUGGUACUGUGCUUUAUGUCUCGAACUUGUUUCAAAAAGUGGUGCCGCCGGUAUUGUCGUUUUCCUUGGGAAGUUUAGGAUUUUUGACGAAUUUCAAGUUUGACGACUACAAAUCGAAAUUGACUCAUUGUCUAGAUUCAGGAGUCAAGGCGAACUUGAGAAUGAGAUUCACGUGUCGUGUCCAUACGUCAGAGGGGAAACUCAUUUGCGAACAACAGGUGUUGAAUGAAUUGGUUGUUGACAGGGGUCCUUCUCCUUUUGUGACAAACUUGGAACUUUACGGCGAUGGGUCGCUUUUGACAGUUGCUCAGGCAGAUGGUCUAAUAAUUGCAACACCCACAGGAUCAACCGCCUACUCGUUGUCAGCUGGUGGCUCUUUGGUACAUCCCGGAGUUAGUGCAAUCAGCGUCACUCCAAUUUGUCCUCAUACGUUAUCAUUCCGCCCUAUAUUGCUACCGGACGGAAUGUUUUUGAAAAUCAAGGUACCUUUGACAAGCCGGUCAACUGCGUGGUGUUCUUUUGAUGGGAAAGUUAGAAAAGAACUUAGUAAAGGGUAUUAUGUCACGAUACAAGCUUCACCUUUCCCAUUCCCAACGGUCAUUGCUUCCAAAACGGAAUAUAUGGAUUCAGUGAGUAGAAACUUGAAUUGGAAUGUGAGAGAACAGCAAAAGCCAUUCAGUUCGUAUUUGAAACCUGAAACGCGGCAAAUGAUGGCGGAGAACGAUAAUGGGGGAGAUAAACCAGAACAGAAGGAUGACAAUGAUGAUUUCGAUAUCAAUUAUAGUGAUGAGGAAGAAACUGAAGAAAAAACGUCUUCGAGUAGUAAUACUACGAGUGAAACCAAUAGUGAAGACAUGCUGUACCUCCCAAUCAAUGGCGGAACACAAACGCCUACAGUUAGUAACCAGGAUGAUCGAUGUUGUUUUGCACAUCCUCAUGCAAGGGUACACUUGAAUGGAUCAUAG